AUGAUUCACCCGGGCAGCGCCUCCCCGGGCACCUCUGUCCCGGUGGCGAACCUGCCUGACGUGACAGCCCGCGACUUCGAGCGGGUCGACCUCUCCCAAUACAGGUGGAUCCACUUCGAGGCGCGGAACGCGGCGGAGCAGGGCGCGAUGCUGGAGCGGGUGGAGCGGCACAACCGGGCGGCGGCGCCGGGGCAGCGGGUCCGGAUCUCGGUGGAGCUGGAGAAGCCGCGGGAGGAGCUGCUGCCGCUGAUGGGGCGGGGACACGUGGUGUUCAUCAGCAAGGACCUGGCCCGGCACUUCGGGUACCAAUCGGCCCCCGAGGCGCUGCGGGGGCUGCGGAGCCGCAUCCAGCCGGGGGCCACGCUGAUCUGCGCCUGGGCUGAGGAGGGGGCUGAUGCCUUGGGGCCCGACGGGGAGCUGCUGCACUCGGACGCCUUCCCCCCAGAGACCCUCGUGGACACGCUGGGGGCUGGGGACACCUUCAACGCCGCCGUCAUCUUCGCGCUGGCAGAAGGGAGGAGCCUGCAGGAUGCCCUCACCUUCGGCUGCCAGAUCGCGGGCAGGAAAUGUGGGAUCCAGGGCUUCGAUGGCAUUGUCUGA